AUGGCUGCUAGGACGCUCGACAUCUGCAGGGCCCAGGUGCUGGUGCGGUACCCCGACGAGGAUCUGGAGUGGCACCGCCUCGUGUUGCUGCAUACGGUCGAGGGCACCCUGGGGCUGGGCCUCACGCCUGAUCAUGAGAUUGUGAGGGUAGACCUUGGCGUCAUGCGACAUCAUGCGCAGGAUCAGUCGUCAGCCUUCCCCACCCAGUUCGCGCCACUGGUGUACUCGUUCGACCCGGCCGAUGGGCAGACGCUGCGAGAUGGGAAGCGGCGGGCCCAGCGACGGGCUGCCCUCCUGGGCGGGGGGGAGGUCGAGGAUGCCGAGGUGUGUGGGCGGUUGCUGGUGAGUGUCGCGGACGCUCGCUUUAGCGAAGCUGUGCCUGCCGACGUCGUCGAGGAUGGCGGCAGGUGCGUGUCGUUUGACGACCGAGAGGUGUGCAUGAUCGACGGGGGGCCGCGCUUCGUGGAGCGAGUCCCUCGAGGAGAGUGGAGCAGUGGGGCGCAGUCGUGCCGUGAGGACGUCGAGGAUAUCCGCGUGCUGGGGGGCUACCGCUCGCGGGUUGGCCGUCGGGAUCUGGACUUCAGGGAUAGCGUCGAGUCCAUGAGGGAGACGACCGUCGCAGACUGGCCCGAUCGAGGGCCGCGAGCGUGUUCUGAGUACUCCAAGAGCAGCGCGCUGGGGGCGGGCAACCCGCUCACCUACCAAGCCGAGUGGCAGCGUCUCAGCGGAGUGGCCGAUGGCGGUGUCCAGGGACAUGGGCACCGCAGCCACCUCGGGACGCUGCUGUGGGCGAUCUGCCUCGACCAGCCGAAUGAGGUCAACUUGGCGUGUUUCGAGCGCGCCGCGCGCCGCCCCAUCCAGGUCGAGAUGGCCGUCGAGAAGAACCCGCGGCGCCCAGUCUUCAGCGGGCUAGAGGACGUGCUAGCUGGGCCGCGGUCGGUGAGCGACUCGGCCCGCGCGCCGCGGUACCUCGCGCGCGCCACCAACCGCCAGAAGGACCGCGCCCGCAUCCUCAUGCAGCUGGGGCUCUAUCAGGAGGAGGCGUCGAGGCGGCAGAGUGUGAAGGGCGGCGGCAAGGGCGAGACAGGCGAUGGUUUGCGGGCCAAGCAGAAGGCGAAGCUGGAGCCGCGGCACCUGGCGAGCUACGACACCGACAAGCUGCACGUCGCGUCCGGCGCGCUGCGGCCUGUCCCCGCGUCGGACUUGCCCCCAGUGGCUGCUGCAGGAUAUUUGAGACAUUUCGAGAGCCAGGUGGAGCUGACCGCGCCGGAGCUGGAGGCCGGGCUACAGACCGCGGGGGGGCUCUCUACUCCUUACUGGGACCCCGCCCUCCGCGGAGAUCGGUCAGCUCGUUGCGAUUUUUUUUGCCGGCUGGCGGCGGCAGGUGUUGUGGGCUUCCGCCGGGCGAUCAAGAGCCGCUGUGGAGACUUCUUCGUGCAUAAGAACGAUGGUCGUAUUCGAUUUUUUUGUGAUGCUCGUCGGGCGAAUCUUUGUCACCGACGGCCUCCGCGGACCGUGCUGGGCGGCCCCGCCUCCCUGAGCGAGCUGGACCUCAGCCCCCUCGCCGAGGCCCUCGGCGGCUACGGCGGGGCGCUGGAGCUGCCCCUCGACCUCCACGCGUCGAGCGCGGAUGUGAAGGACUGCUUCUACCAGCUUGUGGUGGAGAGCAUCGCGAGCUGGUUCGGCUUGGACUGCCCGCUGACCGUGGAGGAGUGGGGCCUGGAGAUCUCCCACGUCUACGACGAUGACCUCAAGGGGCCCACCCCAGUGGAGGCGGGUGAGUUGCUCUACCCCGUGAUGCGGGGGCUGCCCAUGGGCGCCGUGUACGUGGACAACUUCACGGGCCUGGGCGGCUGCCAGGAGGACGCCGCCUUCGGAGUAAGGGGCUUCGAGAGGGCGGCCGCGGGCGCGGGGCUGAAGCUCCAUGUGCCCGAGGUCGCUGUCGCCGAACUCGAGUCGCUGGGCCUCGUGAUCCACGGGUCUGACAAGACGCUCAGGCAUACGCCGCAUCGAGUGUGGCGUUUCCACUUCGGGACCAAGGAGCUUCUCCGACGCGGGCGCUGUGCGCCCGCCGAGCUGCGGGCCUGGGCUGGGCACGCGGUCCACCUCUUCUCGCUGCAGCCACUGUUGCUCUCGAUCCUGCAGGACGCGUACACCUUCAUCGGGAACGGGAUCGGCCCGCGGCGUCCUCUGCCCCGCGGAGUUCGGCUUGAGCUGCGCCUGGCCGCCGCGCUGGUCUUCUUAGGGGGCGUGAACCUCGCGGCCCCCUACGACGACGAGGUGCGCGUCUCAGACUCAUCGACAGGCGGCUACUGCUUGAUGUACGGGCGAAAGCCCGCUCGGGCGGUCCGUGGCGCCUGGCGAUGGCGGGAGCGGUGGCGAUUUGUGGAGGUCGAGGCGGAGUGUGACGGCGCCCACUACACCGGCGCCUACCUGGCACAGCUGCGGGGCCUCCCGGCAGAUGACGGGCUAGAGGUCGAGCUCCUGAGCGUGGCCCCGAAGCUGCUGGUGGCGCUGACGCGCGACGAGGGCUGGCGGCGAGCGGUGGCCGGUCGGCGGCGUCACCCUGAGGAGCACGUCAACAUCGAGGAGGCGAGGGCGUGUGUCAUGGGGCUGCGCAGGAGCUGUCGGGGCCCUCGGCACCACGGCCAUCGGGUUCUCUCGCUGCGCGACAACAUGGUGACGUGCUGCUGCCUCGACAAGGGGCGGUCGACCUCCAGGGCGCUGAACACGCAGUGCCGCCAGGCCGCCGGCUACGCGCUGGGUUGCGGGAUACGGCGGCGGGUCCGCCACGUCCCGACCGAUCUAUGCGUGGCCGACUACGGCUCGAGGCUGCACGAACCACCCGAGCCUCAGUGGCUGUGCGCGGCGAAGGCCGGACAUGCCCGCGAGUUGGAGUCGGCAAAAGUCUUCUUGGAGCUCUUCUCGGGCACUGGGGGCCUCAGCCAGGCGCUUGUAUCUGCAGGCCUACGUGUGGGCUUCUCGUUCGACAUCCGUAAGGGCGCUCAAAAGGGCGUGAAAGACCUCAAGCGCGCCCGUGCUACGGAACGGUUGGGAGUAGAGUUUGCGUUGUUCACGAGCGAGGUGGUCCGUACUUGUCAGAGGUGCAACGUCCUGUGGUCCACCGAGAACCCUGCGUCGUCGGGGUUGUGGAGCUUCCCCCCAGUCGGGGGUCUGGCUGGGCUGGCCGGGGCUCGCUGGGUGAAGUUCCCGAUGUGCGCCUACGGGGUCCCGCACCAGAAGUGGACGGCGCUGCUGAUCAACUCGCCCACGCUGGCAUCGCUGGCGGCGGAGCAUGGGCCGGACGUCGUCGCGGCGCCGCUGAGGGCGAUGCUCGGCCGGCUGACGCAGCAGCGGGCGGCGACGCGAGCUGUGCCCGAGCCGACCGCUACCUCGCGGAGCACGGUGUCCUCUUCGGGAACACCAGCGCGGUCGAGCGGGCGGCGCUCCGAGCUCGCGGAGACGCUCUCGACCCGCCAAGCUGGUAGCAGCCGGGCGCUGGCCCCCCGGCGACGGCGCGCGCCUGUCGCCGAGGUCGCCGCCCGGGCCCGCCACGCGACCGCCGCUGGCCGCUCGCGGACAGACUACAUCGAGCUGGAGAGCGUGUCGGAGGUCGCCCUCACACUGUACAGGGUAGGAGUUGAUGAGCUUGGGACUUGGAAUCGGCUGAACGGGCGCCAAAACAACGUCCUGGUCAAUGUAGAUGCCACCCUCGUUAGCUGGAUGACGGACUGCUACCUUCGGCUUCCGGAGGCGCUGGCGUUCGGGCCCAAGGGCGCGCUGGCCGGCUGCGCCGACGCCGGGGCGAAGUACGUUGUAAAGGUCAUGCUCCGCCAGGCCCCGGGCGACCGCGGGCAGCCGACCAACGCAGGCAUCUUCGACGACGUCGUGGAGGUCAGCGUGGCCGAUCGAGACGGGACGAG